UAUAUUCACACUUUCAUUAUAAUGCAUGAUACACCAAACAGUCAACCUUCUGCUUCCUGCCUCCUGAGAAACUAAACUAAUCAUCUCAAUUUCACCCAGCAGUUGGUGAACAGAAUAUACCUCAUGUUUGUUCUGUACGAGACUUACUGUGCUAUGAAAAACAUGUUUAAUGCACUGUAAUAAAUGUUGCACCAUGCAGCACCUGGUGCUCACAUGGAUCAGUGAGACACUGAGGUUCCCUGUUGUUUAUUGGUAAAUACUCAGCUUGGUGCCAAUUUUUUGGUGUAUGACAACAGACUGAUGAAACAUGUCAGCAGUGAGGCUUAUUGAUGCUUCACACAUCAAAGGCAUAACUUACUUGUGGCAAUAUGGCCGAAACCUUGUCACGAUACGAGUCAUUUGCGCAUCGAUGUGUAUAUACAAAUAUCACAAUACGUUUUCUGGUAGUCUAAUAAGGCCUGUUUUGCUCCAGUAUUAACUAAAUACCGGACAUGUAUUUCAUUAAGCGCUUCCGUGCAAAAUAAAUAUAGUGAAAUAUGUUUUUUCAGCUAUAUACUGACUAUGUUUACAUGCAUGAACACAGAUACCAAGUCAUCCGAUUGAAUAGUUUGAUUCAGCAAAUUGAGUUGAGCCAAAUGAUGUUUCAUGAAGACUCCCAGGUCAUAUUUGUGAACACAACAAAAGACAUAAAUACUACACACAAGCAUCUACGUUGGUGAAAGCCAAGCUUGAAGAAACGCACCGACAUCCCUCCCCCAGGUGUAGAGUUCCUCCCUCCACCCGCCGUCUCCACCCAUCUCACUGUCUCCUCCCCUGAGCGAGAUGAUUGUUGAAACCAGACUACCUUCACAGAACCCGGCGCCGUGUGGUGCUGCGCUCGCUCUCCUCAGGCUGUAAAGCAUCGACACUUGAACAUCCUGGAGGCCUCGAGGUCGCCCGCAAGACAAAACAUGAGGGUGCAGACCUUCUCCAGAGCACAGAUCCUGCAGGAGUUCCGUCUGCAAUGCCAAACGCUCUCAGCCAACAAGAACAGAGGCCUCAAGCAGGAGUUUGAGGAGCUCGAGGCCGUCGGUAAAGACCUCCCCGCCAGAGCGGGCGAAUCAGGGCCCAACAGGGAGAAGAACAGAUACCCCUACAUCUUACCAUAUGACCACUGUCGCGUCCGGCUGUCGCUCCAGAACUCCCAACCGCACUCGGACUACAUCAACGCAAACUUUGUGCCGGGUGGAGAAUCGGAGCGAGACUUCAUCUGCACACAGGGGCCCCUGCACAACACCAUAGCUGACUUCUGGAGGAUGGUGUGGGAGCAGAACGUCAGGAUAAUCGUCAUGGUGACGGCGCUGAGACAAAAGGACCAGGUGAUGUGCGAGAAGUAUUGGCCUCUGGACCGAGGGACGGUCCAUCACGGGAUGAUCCAAGUGACCACAGUGACCCGCAAACAAGGUCCGGAUUACUUCGUCACCAUCAUUAACCUCAGACAGAGAGAACCUCAAACAGACCGGACCAUCACACACUACUACUACCCUACCUGGCCGGACCAGGGUGUCCCCAGAGACUUGGCCUCGCUUGUCGCCUUCACCGAGCACGUGCGGCUGGAGCUGGAAGCGAUUCCUCGCCUGGGGCCGGCCGUGGUGCACUGCAGUGCAGGCGUGGGGCGUUCAGGGACGUUCGUGACGCUGUUGUGGCUGAUGCAGCUGUGCGCCAGGGGCAUCCAGCCCAACGUCCGGGCCGCUGUGCAGGAUCUACGGCUCCAUCGGAUGUGGAUGGUGCAGAACCUGGUCAGUCCAGUGGAGCAGUACCUGCUAGUUCAUCAGUGUCUGCUGAACUGGCUCAGCGGAGGAGCCUCCGCCCGGUCACUGAGUCAGGGAGCGAGUUCAGGCACCGACCGGCACGCUGAAGACCAGCCCCACGGCUCCUCGGGCCGGGGGGGGAGGAGGAGUAGGAGUAGAGCCCCGCCCCCUGAGCGGCAGAGCCCCGCGCAGCACGCCCUUCACCCCGGGAAGCUGCUGAGGAGGCUGCUGCCCUCCUGGUUCAAUACCGCCGCGCACUGA